AUGUAUGUUCAUACGUUUGAUAAUGAUAAUCAUCAAAAUCAAUGUGAUGAUAUGUGUUUAUUAAAUAUCAAUGAAAUUGAUAUGUCAAAGUUUAUAAGUGGCACAAAUGAAGAGAAAAAAGAAAUUGCAUUAUUAUUUGAUAAAACUUUUCAUGAAUAUGGUAUUAUUCGAUUAAUGAAUACUAAUAUUACAUCAGAAUUAAUAGAUAAAUCAAAAGAAUUUUUUUCAUUAAAUUUGGAAACAAAACUGAAAUAUUAUGUAAAUGGUCCAUAUUAUGAAAUACCUGGAUAUAAACCAACAGGAUUAGAGUCUGUUGCCAACUAUAAGGGACAAAAAAAAGCAUCAUAUUCCGAUUCUGUCGAAGUUUUUUAUAACAUUUUCAAAUCCCAAUCAAAACAAUUCAAUUUUUCUAUUGAUCAAUUACCUGAAUUAUUUCGUGAUGUUAUACCAGACUAUAUAUUAAAAGCAAGACAAUUAAUUACUUAUGUUCAUAGUAUUGUUGAUAUGGCAUUGGAAUUAGAUGAAAAUACAUUUGAUAAAAAUUAUACAAAUGAUAAUGCUAUUUUUAGUUUAAGAUUAACUAAAUAUUUACCAACGAAAAAUGAGGAACAAUUAGCAUUCGGAGAACAUCAAGAUUUUCUUGGAUUUACAUUAAUACAAAAUGAUAAUGUACCAGGUUUAGAAGUGAACGUAAAUCGAACAUGGUUUCGUGUAGAAUCUAAACCAGACACUUUAUUAUUAGUUGGCGGUGAAUUUAUUGAAAGAUGGACAAAUAAUUACUGGAUAUCUAUAUUACAUCGUGUUGCAGCAGUAAAACAAUUAAGAUAUUCGGUAUUAUUCUUUAGUGGACCAGAUUUGAAUUGUGUUAUUCAAACAUUACCAUGUAAAAAAUGCCUACAGCAACAAUCAAAAUAUGCCCCAAUUACUGGAUACGAAUAUUUAAAACAAAAAAGCAUAGUUGCAACACGUAACUAA